UGAGUGCGAUUGGUACUCUGUGAUGAUGAUGACUGUCAAAUUCUGCUUUUUGUGAUCAGUGAAUGAACUGUGAUCUUGUUUGAUAUUUUCUCGAAAAUAAAGCUUUUUAUUGCUUUAUUCUAUCGCCGCGUUGAAAGCUUUUGUCUCUAAAGUGCUUAUCGUGCUAAAGAAAAUAAAUAAAUUAUACAAAAAUGCCUAGUCAGGAAGUUGUGACCACUAAAGUUGUGGUUCAUCCACUUGUACUGCUGAGUGUUGUGGAUCAUUUUAACCGAAUGGGCAAAAUUGGUAAUCAGAAACGUGUUGUCGGCGUACUCCUUGGAUGCUGGAGAGCUAAGGGAGUUCUGGAUGUCUCAAAUAGUUUUGCAGUUCCCUUUGAUGAAGAUGAUAAAGAUAAAUCUGUCUGGUUCCUGGACCAUGAUUAUUUGGAAAACAUGUAUGGGAUGUUCAAGAAAGUGAAUGCCCGUGAGAAAGUAGUAGGCUGGUACCACACUGGGCCCAAGUUGCACCAGAAUGAUGUUGCAAUCAAUGAGCUCAUCAGGCGUUACUGCCCUAACUCUGUCCUAGUCAUCAUUGAUGCCAAGCCUAAAGAUUUAGGGUUGCCAACUGAAGCUUAUCAAGCAGUUGAAGAAGUACAUGAUGAUGGCAGCCCUACAACUAGGACAUUUGAACAUGUGCCCAGUGAAAUAGGUGCAGAAGAAGCUGAAGAAGUUGGUGUAGAACAUCUUUUAAGAGAUAUUAAAGAUACUACUGUGGGAAGUCUCUCUCAGCGAGUUACAAACCAGCUGCUUGGCCUAAGAGGCCUUCACUCUCAAUUAAGUGAAAUCAGAGAUUACCUUGUUCAAGUUGGCCAGGGAUCUUUGCCAAUGAACCAUCAGAUCAUAUACCAAUUGCAGGACAUAUUCAAUCUUCUUCCAGACAUUGCUAGUGACAACUUUGUUGAUAACCUCUAUAUUAAAACCAAUGAUCAAUCCCUUGUAGUAUAUUUAGCAGCAUUAGUAAGAUCUAUCAUAGCCUUGCACAACCUGAUCAAUAAUAAAAUAACGAACAGAGAUGCAGAAGAAGGAAAGAAAGAUGAGUCCAAGGACAAGAAAGAAAAGAAAGAUGACAAAGAAGAGAAAAAAACAGAUGAGAAAACAAAAGAGAAGAAAGAAAAAGACGAAAAGAAGAAGUAAUUUUAAUUAGUAAAUCUUCAUUAACUUAAGUUGUUUGUAAUGCUGAAUUAUUUUAAUAAAUUGUAUUUACUAAUUUA